UCAAUUCAAGUGGACUUAACCCAGCCCAAUCAAAAUAAAAUAGAUUGGAAAGAUUAAUGAAGGGAGCAAAAUCUGUGGAAGACGUCUCUUGCUGUGAAGAAAUCCCGAAUUGGAAACACAUUUGUACUGCCCUUCGCAUUUUCACUAUAUCUCCCUCAUCCGAUGUUGUAUUGAGCUGAUUCAAGAGGCUUUGGAAAGCUAAUUUAACGUGCUACAAUUUCUCCUGAAAUAGAGAUUUUGAAAUUCUCACGUUUUCUAAGUGAAAAAUGGCCCACAAUUCAAGGCUAAAAAUCUGCCGAAUUGAAGAGGCGAAUUCGGGAUUGAUUCUCUCUUUUCCUAGUGAAGAUGGCUUGAAAGGAGUGGAAGAGGAGGAAAAAAGCAGAGGACGACCAAGAAUGCUGGGACCAAGGUGAAUCGAUUAUUUUCCUUCCCUUUUGGCUAUCGAAAGAGGGAAGCCACUCCAAGAAAAUGGGAGACCAAAUUCACUGAGUUUUGCUUAGUGCAUGAGAAGCAAAAAGAGCUUGGAACUGCUGUCUUAUCUAGAAAUUGAAAAAAUAGCAAAAAGAAUGAGGAAAAAGAAGCGAGAAGCUCGAAAGAAUUCAAACACUAUGGCAGACAACGAGAAUGGAAGACGUGACACCCGAGCUCUAAGGGAUUUUGCUCUACUACAGGUCACAAGAAUCAACUCAGUCAUCAGGAAACCUAGUAUUGCAGCCAACAACUUUGAGAUUCAGCUAGCUAUCCUACAAAUGAUCCAAACAUCAAUUCAAUUCCAUGGAUUUCCGAGUGAUGAUCCUAAUGCCCAUAUAGCAAGUUUUCUGGAAGUUUGUGAUACCUUCAAGCAAAAUGGUGUUACUGAUGAUGCCAUUCGCCUCUGGCUAUUUCCUUUCUCUCUUCGAGAUAGAGCAAAAAGUUGGCUAAAUGCAUUACCUGCAGAUUCAGUCACUAGUUGGGAAGAUUUAGCUCAGAAGUUUCUAGCUAAAUUUUUUCCACCAGCCAAGACAGCAAAGAUGCGCAAUGAAAUUUCAAAUUUUUCUCAAUUGGAAGGUGAAACACUUUACAAGGCUUGGGAGCAAUAUAAAGACCUACUUAGGCGAUGCUCUCACCAUGGAUUGCCGAAGUGGAUGCAAGUUCAGAACCUUUAUAAUGGACUUGCUGCCUCUACAAGAACUCUAAUAGAUGCCACCUCAGGAGGAACGUUUAUGGGCAAAUCCCCAGACGAUGCAUAUGAACAACUAUCAAUGGCCAACCAACUGACAGCAAAUGCCAUUCACUUGACACCACCAGCUUGUGAUUUUUGUCAUGGAAACCAUCCGAGUGAAGAAUGUCAAGUGGGAAAUCCCUUCUUUCAAUCCCAAGUGGAGCAAGCACACUUUGUUGCAAAUUACAAUCAGCAAAACAAUCCAUAUAGUGCGACAUACAACCCUGGAUGGAAAAAUCACCCCAAUUUUUCAUGGAAUAAUCAGAAUGCAUUGAAACCUCCACCUGGUCCAUCAUCUAGUGAUCCACCGAAAGAGAAGUCAACACUUGAAGAAGCAAUGGCACAAUUAGCAACUAACACCAACAGAUUCAUAAUAGAGACUAAGACCAAUUUUCAGAAUCAAGCGGCUUCGAUACAAAAUUUAGAAGUCCAAGUCGAUCAAUUGGCUAAUAUGCUAACUGGGAGACAACAGGGAAACUUGCCAGCACGACUGAAGUGA